GUUUUUUUGUUUUUUUUUUCCUUCUUCUUUAAAAUAUACAUUGAUGAACCGGGCUCGUCCUGUGCGCGCGAUCACAUCAGGUCUUCCACGGGACUCUCGCGAUGUCCGCUACCUUCGGGUCCCUGCUGCUUCCUCUGGUGUUGGGUGUGUUGCAAGCACGCGGGCAGACGGAGAUGAAGCGAGUGGUGGGCGAUAACGCCACGCUGCCAUGUCACCACCAGCUUUGGCAUGCGGACACGUCGCUGCUGGACAUCGAGUGGCUGCUGGUGAAACCCAACGCCAAGCAGAAAGCGGUGAUCACCUACUUUGCAGGACGGAUCUACGACCCGAGCGAGGGCGAGGCAGGGAAGUUGACGCUCUCGGGCGAUUAUCUGAAGGGCGAUGCAUCACUGAUGAUCAGCGACCUUUCGCUCACAGACUCCGGCGAGUACAGCUGCAAGGUGAAGAACGGAGGGAAGUACUACUGGAAUACGGUCAACCUCAUCGUCCUCGUUAAGCCGUCGAAGCCCCGCUGCUGGAUGGAGGGACGGCUGUUGGAGGGCAGCGACGUGAAGAUGAGCUGUAAAUCCGCAGACGGAUCCGACCCCAUCCGCUACAAAUGGGAGAGAGUGCUGGACAAGGGUAGAUAUGUGGGGAAACUACCACCUCUCGCUCUCCUGGACCUGAAGAACCCGGAGAUCGUGACUCUGAGAAACUUGAGCCGGGAGAGUGCGGGCGUCUACAAGUGCACCGCCAGCAACGAUGUGGGAGAGGAGAGCUGCACCGUGGAGGUCAAAAUUCACUACGUUCGAGGUAUGGGAGUGAUGGCCGGCGCUGCGGUGGGCGUGUCCUUGGGCGUGCUACUCCUCGUUCUCAUCGUGUGGCUGGUGUUCCGCAAGAAGGACAAGAAGAAGUACGAAGAGGAGGAGACGCCCAAUGAGAUCAGAGAGGACGCUGAGGCUCCCAAGGCCAAGCUGAUGAAACCCAACUCUCUCUCCUCCUCCCGGUCGGGAAGCUCUCGAUCAGGCACCUCAUCCACCCAGUCCAUGGUUCCCAGCGGCGCCCCACGUGGCCACAAGCUCCACCCACCCCCUCCCUCGGCGGGGCCUCGGAAAGACAGCGUCCAGCCUUCGACGUUGCCAGCCAUGCCCCCGGCGUACACGCAGGUCGCCCCGAAACUCCCCGAGCCCCACAGCAGCCCCAAACUAAGCCCGGGCAACCUGGCACGGAUGGGCGCCAUGCCGGUGAUGAUCCCGGCCCAAACCAAGGCAUUCCAGACUGUCUAGAGAUACACAGACAUCGACAUCACACACACACAUAUCCACACAUAUACCUGUAUACUGAUUUACUUUUUACACGCAUGAGCACCACGGCAGCGACGAUGCAUCCCGGUCUUCUGAAAGCCGAACCCAAAUCCACACACACACACACACACACAAAUUCCGAGCCUGCAAGCCCAAUCAGACUCAAUCCAUCAAGAGAAAUAAAGCAAGCAACGAAAUAAAAAGGGAAAUAAAGGCUGAAGUCACUUGAAGCGUCCCUAAUCGCUGCGUCAAUAAAACACCACAUAUGGGGAAUAAGAAGCGAUUGCCCUCUUGAUGUGGACAAUAAAAGAAAGUGGUGUUUCACCUUAACACACGCUAUUUGUUUUUCGCUUUGAUGGCAGCGCCGGGGAUUCUGCAUGGCCAGGCGGAACGGUUGAUUUAUUUUUUAACAAGGGAGUAGCCGUCGUGAAGGGAUGCCACACUCCAUCCAGCGAAAAGAGACGUUUCUCGUUCUCGGCUCAAACUCACGAGCAGCUAAGCAGCACUGCUUGUACGCUCGAGGUGUUGGCGUCGAGCGGACAGCUUUUACAGGUAGAAGAGAGGAAAGGACUUGUUCCAAACACCUGCUACUGUUUUCCUUUCCAGUCAUGGUAAUAUGAUUGGCUCUGAACCAGGAAGUGAAACUGAAUCAUCCACAUGGCUGAUUUGUAAAUCUCAAUAUAUAUAUAUAUAUAUAUAUAUAUAUAUAUAUAUUUAAAAUGUGAUUAAAACCACGUACAAUGAGGUCCUAAAAAGUAAAAACAGCUUGUCCUUGUGGCUUAAAAACUGCAGAGGCAAUACUAUCAAGCUGUAACUGUUCCAUUUGACCAAAACCUGGUAUAAAGACACAACAUUAAACAGAUUGAUAAGGCGGUUAAGAUUGAUAAAAUUACAUAAUCUGUUAAUAUGCCCCGCCUCCUCCUCUAGUAAAUCAGCAUUGUGAGACGUUAAGGUUCGAAAUAGGGCGGAGUUAGUGUCCAUAACCUUUCUUACCACGCCAUUUAUACGAACUCGGACAAAAUCCAAACACGACGUCUUCGCAUUUCUGAAUUUGUAUGAAUUUGUAUGAAUUACGAGAACGCGUCGAGAAAACAUUAUCGCAUGUCCUGGAUUUGCAUACCGGAACCUGAUCGGGUUUUAUACUCGAUCACGCGAUAACUCUGGCCCGUUGUUUUCGAUCGUUUUUGAAGAUGACGUUUUAUCAAUUGAUAAUUUGCUACUGAUCGCUAGGGUUAGGGCUUUCACUUUUUACACCCCCAUUAAUUUAUGUCCUGAAUAAUCAAAUAUGGCUUUCUACGUUAAUUUCACUUCCUGGAUUCGCUUUUCAGAACCAUUUUAAUAGCUUACUUCACUAAAUGUCCAUUAUCCACUAUAACCAAUAAGGAAUAUGAUAUGAUUGAACCAGUUAUGAAUGUUUUGAUGGUACACGAUGCAUUUUUAUAUUUACACUCGCUUACUUUUGAUAUAUUUGACCUGUUCGGUACAACAUUUAACACCCUAAACGGCAAUAACAUAAAGGUUUCUGUACUGCAAGUUCUGUUAGCUAUAAGAAUUAUGACCUUGUUUUAAAAUUAUUUACAUUUUUUUUUUGUUUUUGUUUUUUUUGUAAUCAACGAGAAGGUUGUGAAUUCAAAUCUCAGUACUAGGAAGAAGAAAAAAAAAAAGAAAAAAAAAAAACAUUCUAAGGCCCAUGAGCAAGUGCCCUUAACGUAUUCUUCUGUCUCUGCUUAAAAUGAAUUAAUUUCAUACAGACUUGACCUAAAUAGGUUGUAAUUUUAUCCCAGACCAGCUCGUUGUGAAAACUAUGUCACGCUUUCUGCUCGGGUCGCUAUAUUUUCGGAUGUUCCACAUUUUUGCAGCUUGGUCUGUUUUUUUUUUUUUUUUAAUUAUUUUUAUUUUCCUCGUAUGAUAAACCCGGUUAAACGCGACCCGCUCGGCGAUGCCACGAUUUAAUAAAACCGAACGCUCGGUGUAAUAUUCUCCCUUCCUCCAGAGACAGUUUAGUUAUUUCCUGCUCCUCUCUUGUAUUUUUGUUUGUAUAAAAUAGGUCUGGGAUAAGACUGAUUGCGAGUGAGUAUUCGUGAACGUCCCUCAGGGGUAGCACAGCGUCCUCAAACAUCACCUCAGUGUAGACUUUUUGGGAUAUAGGCAGCAUUCGUCUCAACUGAUUAACUGGAUAUGAUCGGCAUGAGAAUGGGAUAAAUACUUUUGGGAAUACUGACAAUUGACAUUAUAAGUAAGGACCAAACAAGACUGGUGAGGUGAAGUGGAGUUACUCGUACUACCCUGAAGUUUUUUUUCCAUUUAUAGUUGCGGAUCAUCUAUAAAACUCUUCGGACUUAUACUAUAGCAGCUGUAAACAGUCGUUCGCUCAUCAGACCUCUCAUCAGUACCUUCUGACCAAUCAGAAUCCAGAAUUCAAUAGCGCUGUGGUAUAAAAUGGGUUAAUAAAGCAUGAUUUCCCUUUCACCCAGUGUAUUAACCUUUCAAGGGACCCCAUUUUAGUAGCGCAGGUUCGACUGGGUGUCCAGAAAAAGGAUAUCAGUUGAAAUCCCUGGAUUUCCAAAGAGUCAAUGCAGGGCUCUUGAUCCAGGCUCUUUAACUCACAAGCUCUGGGCUCAUUGUGAAUAAAAUUGUCUGCCAAACGAA